AUGUGUAUGGACACACCACAUUUAGAUAGUCAGAAUUUUCAAUCGAAGGGUUCAAUCAUUGAAACUAAAGAAGAACCAUUAGACAAUGCAAGAUAUUUGAUAAGUUCAUCAGAAAAUAGUCCUACAUCCUGUGGUGGUGAUGAUGAUAAUGAUAUCAUCGAAUUUGGUCCAAUUAAAGUUAAACCACGUAAAAAACCAGCUCCUACAUUAGCUACUGGUCGUCGAUCAAAAUAUGAAACUUUAAGUCCAGAAGAAGAACAAAAACGUGAUUUAAGACGAGCACGUAAUCGUGCUGCUGCUGAACGUGUACGUAUAAAUCGUUUAACUGUUGAACAACAAUUACAAGGACAAAUCGAUGCAUUAGAACAGCAAGAAGAAAACUUAUCAAGUCAUGUAGAUAUGCUUGAACAGCAUAAACUUCGUUUAGAAACACGAAUUCUUACACAUGAUAAAAUAUGUUCAAAUAUGAAUUCAAUGAAUAUACUAGAUGAUUAUCUACCUGCACCUACUGUAAAUAAUACUUCAACAUUUAAACAAAUGGAACAAGUAUCUCAAUUUGAUUUUGAUGAAUUGUUUCCUGAAUCAACUUCAUCUGUACAAAUGCAACAAAAUAAUAUGUUGAAUUUUCCAUCAACUAUAAUCUCCGAUGAUGAUUUCUAUGAUCCAUUGAUGGAUUUAUAG